CCGAUCGUGGGGCAAGAAGAAAAAGUGACUCCUCUAUGCAUUUAGAUAUUCUGUGCGGACGAGGUUUCAUUUGCAACAGUUCCUGUUGCCACUAGACCACCUCUCAAAUUCCGGCCAACCUCUGAAAAUCACCAGUUCGAAAGCCAUUUAUCAACACAUUCUUUUGUAAGAUUUAAUUCUUCCUACACUCCACCAUGGCUGAUGUUGAAGCACAUUUUGAAACUGGUGAUUCCGGUGCUUCUACCACUUACCCUAUGCAAUGUUCUGCUCUGCGGAAGAACGGUUUUGUAAUGCUCAAGGCUCGUCCAUGUAAAAUCGUGGACAUGUCAACCUCUAAAACUGGUAAACACGGUCACGCCAAAGUGCAUUUGGUUGGUCUUGAUAUUUUCUCUGGAAAGAAGUAUGAAGAUAUCUGUCCAUCCACUCACAACAUGGACGUUCCAUUUGUAAAGCGUGAAGAUUAUCAGUUAACAGAUAUCUCCGAUGAUGGCUAUCUGUGUUUGAUGUCAGACAAUGGAGAUCUUCGUGAAGACUUAAAAAUGCCAGAAGGAGAAUUAGGUGUUCAACUCAAAGCAGACUUCGAUAGCGGAAAGGAGUUAUUGUGUACAGUUUUGAAAGCUUGUGGUGAGGAGUGUGUAAUUGCGAUCAAGACAAAUACUGCCCUCGACAAAUAAUCACUGUUUCUAUGGUGAGAGGGGAUUUUUUUAUUUGAAAAAAUUUUAAAAGAUAAAAAAAAAAAAUUAAAAAUUUGCAAAAUGAAAGUAAAAUGAAUACCAGUUGCGGUAAAACUACUCUUUCCCCCAUAUUUGAACCUAUACAGGUAUCUCUCAGUGACAAUAUCAUCCUUGAGAGCUGUGAAAUCUUAUCGACUAUUUACCGUGCUGAUUAGUAGUGCUCUAACUUGUCAUUAAAAAUGUCAAAGCCAUUUUUUAAUGUAUAUAAUUUGUUUCUAUUUUACGGAGAGCCAGUAGAGUAGAAAAAGAUGUACAAGGAGUCUGAUUUUUGUUUUUGUUCGCAUAAAUCUAGAAUGAUGGAGACGGUGACAUAUUUUUAAUGGAUCAGGUUAUUGAAAGCAAGUCGAUGUUUAAAUUAAUGACAGCAUAAUCGGAUAUUAAUGUAUUUUAUUUUUUUAUGAGCUCUUUUUCUGUUCUUCAUUUACUUAUUUAUUUUAUUUUAUUUAUUUAUUUUUUUUUUAUUCCUUUCAAUUCUUUUUUGUACGAAGUAACUGUGUUGUUUUACUUUUUAAUGUAACCUUUUUUAGGUGUCGAAUGUCUAAUAUUCUAAUACCUGUUUUCUUGUUUCUUUUUUAUAUCUACUGAACGGUAACCAAACAACUUCCUGUUCACAAUUAUACUAUUCAAAAUAACUUGACUUCUUAAUUUUUAUUUCCAAGCUUCAAGUAUCAUGCUAAGUAAUUUUAUCUUAAUAAAUCUUCAUUUAUAAACUUUAUAUAAAUAAACUGUAUCCAUUUUCUGUUAAUCUUCUUCAAAAAUUUUGUAUACUUAAGUUCAGUAAAGUACCCUGGUCAGUUAAUUUGAUAGUUCUUCUAGAGAAGUGUUGCGUUGAAAAAUUUUAAUUUUACGCAUCAACCCAUUGUUUGUCUUCCUAUUUUUACAAGAAAGGUGACUUCUGACUUCUUGCCUCUUAGUCUAAGAUAAAGCCAUUAGAUAAUGAAGCUCUCUUCAUCUGCGCCAGGAAAGUUAGUUUAUAAAUCUGCAAAUUCUUGUCGGAAAAUUUUCAAAUUUUUUUAUACAAAAGAGGUUUGCGACAACCAAACAAUUUUACACCUUUUCAAAUCUUUUUGUGAAAUUCAUACUAAUUGACGGUUUUUCUCCUUUUUGUUUAUAACUUUCUUGAUCUCUAAUGCUAUAAAGUGCUGUCUGUUAGUCAACUUGCAUAAAAUUAACAAGUUUUUAUGUAAGUUUAGCAGAUGGUAUCUAAUAAAAAAUUAAAAGCAAUAAUCUCCUUAUCUACACAGUAAGAUUAUUGAAUGAAAUGAAUCGCAUCAAUCCUAGUGUGAAAAGAGGAUGCGACUGAUACAUGAGCCGCAUCAGUUUUCGUUAAAUCUGCAUCGGCUCAAAGUCUUUUUGAAGUAAUGAAUAAAAAAUUAUGUUGUGAAUCCAUUUAUGAGUAGAUGAAAAAUUCAUAGCAUUAACGAGAAGUGUUGGCGAGGUCAUGAAAAUGCAGGAAUAUUGUUUUUUUACGACCUGCAAUAUCUAUUUCUUAAUUUCUCUAUUUUUAGAUCUGAUAUCUGUUUAGAGUUUCAAUAUUUGGUGGUUUGAUUUAAUAAUUAUGAUCCCAUCCCAUGAAUUACACUUGAAAUAUGAAAGAGUCUACAAUCUUUUUGUCAACUAACUUUUCCCACAGAAUGAUUCAAGUGGGUAUCGGACGAAACCAAACCUAUUAAAAAUGUAACAUAAAAAGUUAAGAAUAUUAAACAACAUUUAAAAUUGAUAUGCAUUCAAUUUUAGAAUGAAGGAAAUAAAACUUUUUCUGUA